AUGGAGCACAAAUCUCAUUGUAGCUUAAUUCCUAAGAACUACCAGCACAUCCUGGCUUUGGAAUUUGCUGUGAAGGAGAUCAAUGAAAACCCACAGAUCUUACCCAAUCUUACCUUGGGCUUCCACAUCUAUGACAGCUAUGACAAUGGUCAGAGGACCUAUCAUGCCACCAUGCUUCUUCUAUCAUCUAUGGAGAAGUUGAUCCCCAACUACGUAUGUAACAUUCAGAACAGCGUAAUAGCUGUUGUUGGGGGACUAGAUGCCCAUAUCUCCCUUCAUGUGGCCACUAUCUUGGAUAUCUAUAAGAUUCCACAGCUCAUUUUUGGCUCCACUCCACUAAUGAAUGAUAAAACUCCAGGGCUUUCUUUUUACCAGUUGGUUCCACCAGAAGCUCUUCAACAUGCAGGGAUGGUCUCACUGCUCCUGCAUUUUAACUGGACCUGGGUUGGGCUCCUGGCAACAGAUAGUGAACAUGGAGAAGAAAUUAUUCGAAAUGUGGUUCCACUUUUUUCCAAAAGAGGAAUAUGUUCUUCUUUUAUUGAAAAACUCCCAAAAUAUAGUGAUAUGGAUGGAUUGGAUGGUAUGUAUGAACAGGGAGUAAAAUUAUAUGAUCUUAUCAUGGGCAAUAAAGCUAAUGUGAUAGUUGUCUUUGGAGAAUCUACCACCAUGGGGACUUUGAGAUGGUUCACAUAUCUAUCAGAGUCCUCAGUUGUGAAACCUAAAGGAGUUGCAUGGAUACUGAAUGCCCAGAUUGAAUUUGCUUCAUCAGCAUUUCAACGCAAUUGGAGUACAGAAAUAAUCCAUGGUGCUCUUUCUUUCACAAUGCAAUCUGUUGAUCUGCCAAAGUUUAAAUCAUUUCUUAAGAAGAAAAAUCCCUUCAUCACCAAGGAAGAUGGAUUCAUCAAUCUGUUCUGGCAAGAUGUUUUUGCCUGUAUUUUGCCUGAUGCAGUUCCGAGUGAUGUGUCUGAGAAAAUUUGUAAUGGGGAAGAGAAUCUAGAGACUCUUGCUGGACCUCUUUUUGAAAUGAAAAUGACUGGUCACAGCUACAGCAUCUAUAAUGCUAUUCAUUCUUUAGCUCAUGCUUUACAUGCCAUGUCCUCCUCAAAACAUAAAAGAAGAGGUCUGACAGACAGAAUAGGAGGGAAGAUCCAUAAAAAAGACUUCUGGCAGCUCCAUAACUUUCUGAGAACUGUAUCUUUUAACAACAGUGCUGGAAAACUUGUUUCAUUUGAUCAGAAUGGGGUAGUAAGUGGUGGAUUUGAGGUUAUCAACUGGAUUGUUUUCCCAAACCAAUCAUUUAUUCGAGCGAAAAUUGGAAAUAUAGAUCACUUAAGUCCUCCAGAGGAAAUGUUAACCAUCAAUAAUGAAAACAUUACAUGGCACACAUGGUUUAAUCAGGGUAGCAAAGCUGUAGGAUGCAAGUGGAUAUACAAGAAAAAGGUACUGCCCAAUAAUGAAGUACAAUAUAAAUCAAGUGGAGUUCCUAAGAAUUACCAGCACAUCCUGGCUUUGGCUUAUGCAGUAAAGGAGAUCAAUGAAAACCCACAAAUCUUGCCCAAUUUUACCCUGGGCUUCCAUAUUUAUGAUAGCUAUGACAAUGCUCAAAGGACCUAUCAAGCCACCAUGCUACUUCUAUCAGCAACUGAGAGACUGGUCCCCAACUACUUAUGUAACAUCCAGAAUAAAGUCAUAGCUGUUAUUGGAGGACUGGAUGCUGAAGUCUCCCUUCAUGUGGCAACUUUCUUGGAUAUCUAUAAGAUUCCACAGAUGGUUCCCCAAGAAGAACUUCAGCAUAAAGGGAUUAUCUCACUGCUCCUGCAUUUUAAUUGGACAUGGACUGGGAUUCUUAUCAUGGACAAUGACCAGGGGGAAAAAUUUGUAGAAACAAUUGUUCCUCUUUUUUUCAAAAAUGGAGUCUGUGUUCCUUUCAUUCACCGAUUCCCUAAAGCAACUGAUUUCACUAAAUUUGAGGGCGUGCUUCAAAAGGGGGCAAAAAUCUAUGAUGUUAUCAUGAAUAAUAAGGCGAAUGCGGUGGUGUAUAAUGGAGAAUCUUUUGCAAUGGGAAAUUUGUUGUGGCUGCAGUAUAUUCCAAAUAUAGAAGAGGUGAAAAGUAAACCAAAAGGUAUUGUUUGGAUUAUGACAGCACAGAUGGAAUUCAGUUUAAUUCCUGUUCAACGUGCUUGGGAUCUCAAAAUAAUCGAUGGUACCCUUUCCUUCACAAUGCAUUCCACUGCUCUGCCAGAGUUUAGAUCAUUUGCUAAGAAACAAAACCCCUUCAGCACAAAUAAAGAUACAUUUAUUAGACAGUUCUGGCAAGAAGCCUUUGACUGUAUAUUCCCAGAUACAACUAUGAGUGAUGUAGAGGAGAAUACUUGCAAUGGUAAAGAGAAUUUGGAGAGCCUUCUUGGGACUCUUUUUCAAAUGGACAUGACUGGCCACAGUUACAGUGUCUACAAUGCUGUUCAUGCCAUAGCUCAUGCUUUACAUGCCCUGUCCUCUUCUAGAGAUACUGAGAGAUCAGUGGUGGAUAGAGUAGGAAGGAAGAUUCAUGGUCAAGAUUUCUGGAAGUUCCACUAUUUUUUGAGAAAUGGUGCUUUUAACAAUGGUGCUGGGGAACCAGUGUUCUUUGAUCAGAAUGGAAUUGUAGCAACUGGAUUUGAUAUUCUAAACUUAAUAGCUUUCCCAAACAAUUCAUUUCUUCACAUGAAAGUUGGAAAUGUGGAUCAUUCAGCUCCUCCAGAUAAAAUAUUAACCAUCAAUGAUGAGAUGAUUAAAUGGCACAGCUGGUUUAACCAGGUGAUACCCAUCUCUGUCUGCAGCAAGAGCUGUUAUCCUGGUUUCAGCAAAAAAAAGAAGGAAGGAGAGCAGUUUUGCUGUUAUGACUGCAUACCAUGCCCAGAAGGGAGAGUUUCAACUGAGAAUGACAGAAAUGAAUGUUCCAGAUGCGAAGACAAAUUCUAUCCAAAUAAGAAACACGAUUUUUGUAUUCCCAAAAGUAUUAGUUUCUUGACAUACAAAGAACCAUUGGGAAUCAGUUUAGCCUGUCUUACACAUUCUUUUUCUUUGACUACUGUUCUUGUGCUUGGAGCAUUUAUAAGGCACCAUGACACUCCCAUUGUGGUAGCCAACAACCGAGAUCUGACCUAUACUCUUCUUAUCACCCUCCUGCUCUGCUUCCUUUCAGCACUGCUAUUCAUUGGCAAACCAGGAAAGUUUACCUGUCUCCUAAGACAAACAACUUUUGGUGUGGUCUUCUCAGUGGCUGUUUCUUCUGUUUUGGCAAAAACCAUCACAGUGGUUUUGGCUUUUAUGGCCACCAAACCAGGAUCCAGGAUGAGGAAAUGGGUGGGGAAAAAAUUAACUAAUUGCAUUAUUAUUUCCUGCUCCCUGAUCCAAGCAGGCAUUUGUACUCUCUGGCUAAUAUUCGCUCCUCCAUUCCCAGACAUUGAUAUGUUCUCAGUGACUGAAGAAAUUAUCCUGCAGUGUAAUGAAGGGUCUGUGACUAUGUUUUAUUGUGUUCUUGGCUAUAUGGGUUUCCUGGCUCUUAUCAGCUUCAUCACAGCUUUUCUUGCUAGGAAAUUACCUGACACUUUCAAUGAAGCCAAGUUCAUCACCUUCAGCAUGUUGGUCUUUUGCAGUGUUUGGUUGUCUUUUGUCCCAGCAUACCUGAGCUCCAAGGGGAAAUACAUGGUAGCUGUGGAGAUCUUUUCCAUCUUAACCUCUGGUGUCGGGCUUUUGGGUUGUAUCUUUUUCCCCAAAUGUUAUAUCAUUGUAUUUCGACCUGACCUAAACAUCAGGGAACAACUAAUGAGAAGAAAGACAUAA